AUGAGCGGGUUCAGUAGCAGCAGCAGCACUGGCUCGCAACCCUUUCUCAGCAACAACAACAACAAUAAUUUUCAAACUCCUCCCGUUUCAUCAUCACUACUCAUGGAAGGGUCAAGUAACAGUGGAGGAUUCUAUAGUAUGAAUACAGUGAAUAAUGCUGUUUUGCAAAAUUUAAAUUUUCCAACCACGAUCAACUUUCUGCAACGAGAAUUUCGUAGAUUUGAGAAUGAACGAGAGUUAUGGGAAUUAGAGAGAGGAGAGUUAUCAACAACUAUAGCACAUUUGGAGUCAUUCCGUAAAAGCCAAGAGAAGAUUCAGUAUGAUCUUUUGAGAAGAAUUAAAAUGUUGGAGUUUGCACUGCGAACAGAAAGAUCAAAAUUCUCCACACUUGUCGAUCACAUCAGAAAAACAGAAUCAUCGGACGAGUCCUACAAGAAGAAUUUAUUAUCUUUUUGUGAGUCUCUUGUAACAACAGCAAAACCAGUUGUAUCAUCAACAUCAUCUCAACAAAAUAAUUCAUCCUCUGCAUCAAAUCCCGCCCAGAAUGGCAGUAGUACUACACCAACUCCACUUUCUAAAUCAAAACCAAAGAGUUUGGAAAUUAUGCGAAAUUAUUUGAAGGAGAUUGAAUCUUCUGAUUUGUGGUCUCUCAUUGCAGACAUUCCAGAAAAUACACCAUCAAACAUGAUGAAUGCACAAUAUGUUUUACCGACCACAGAUCCAAAAUCAAUCGGAUCAGUAACUCAAGAAUUGACAACCAUCUCGGACAAUAAUAGUGACUUCUCUACAGCAUCAUCUGUUUCUACGACCAACCACACCGGUUAUUCCGACAAUGAAAGCGGCAUUUCAUCAAUAACAACUAACACAUUGCCAACUCAAUCCAAUGAGAUUCACAAAUCUAAAAACCAUGAAAAGAGUAGAAAUGAAGAAAACACUACAGAAGCAGAAGAUAUGAGAAAAUUUAUUACACAAUUAAGACAAAGAGGUUAUUCCGAUAAAACAAUUGAAAAGACAAUUGGAGAAAAAAUUCCAGAAGACAUGUUAGAGGAAGUUAAGCCUUGGAAAGACGAAGAUUCUCAAUUAUCAUCCGAUGGGCUGUCACUACUUGGUAAAAAGAAGCCCUCAUGGAAAUUUGAGGGUGACACUGCGAAAAAUGAUACUACAUCCGAACUGAUGACAAAAUCUGAUUUGGAUUCAAGCACAACGACGACCUUUAAUUCAACUUCAAGCUCGAACAGCUCCAACAAUAAUUCUCAAUCUCUGCCCUCAACAUGGAUACCAAAAUAUACUUUGAAACAUCACUUGGAUAGUGUCAGAUCCAUUGCCUUCCAUCCAACAGAAAAUUAUUUAAUUAGUGGUUCGGAAGAUUGUACAGUAAAAGUUUGGAACGUUACCAAACUUAACAAGUCAAAAGCCAACGAGCCGAUACAAACUUUACGAGGACAUACUGGAACUGUGUACACUGUUUUGUGCGGAUCUACUCGUGUUUUUAGUGCUGGACAAGAUGAUACCAUUAUUUUUUGGAAUAUCCCUCCAAUAGAUCACGAUCCAUAUACAAACUAUGGAUAUGCCACACCAUUCUUAAAAUCUUCAUUAACGGGUCAUUCAGAUGCCAUUUGGUCAUUAUCUUUGCAUGAACAGAGCCAUUUACUGUUGUCAGCUAGUGCUGACGAAACUGUAAUGGUUUGGGAUUAUGAAUCUGCAUCAUCACCUCUCAAGAAAACUUUUUCUCUCUCCAAGAUUGGAACACCCACAUGCGUUUCAUUCUUACCAAAUGAUAACUCUAAAUUUGUUGUAUCGUUUAGUAAUUCAAAGUUAGGUCUUUUUGAUACAGAGAUGGGUAAACUCAUUUGGAUUUCUGACUCGUUAGGAGAUGAGGGCAAAUCUAGCCACCUAAUUUAUCAAUUUGCAUGCCAUGAAAAUGUACCAAUGAUCAUUACAGCUCAUGAAGACAAGAAGAUUAGAUACUAUGACUCUUCUAGUGGAAAGGUUAUUAAUGAAAUGGUUGGACAUAAGGAGGCAGUCACAUCUGUCUCUUUUGAUCCCAAUGGUCUCUAUUUUGCUUCUGUUGGACAUGACUCGUCGCUGAGAAUUUGGGAUAUUGCUUCCAAACAUUGCAUCCAGGAAUUACCAGCACAUAGAAAGAAAUACGAUGAAGCCAUUCAUGAUGUUUCUUACCACCCAACCAAAUCACUGCUAGCAACUUGUGGAGCUGACAGUGUAAUAAAGAUUUACACUACAAAAUAA